UGCUUUGGACUCUACUGUGGGAAGACCCUAUUGUUUAAAAAUAGCUCAACUGAAAUAUAUGGAGAGUGUGGGGCGUGCCCGAGAGGACAGAGGCCAGAUGAACAAAAAUACUGUCAGCCUUGCACAGAGUCCCCGGAACUUUAUGACUGGCUUUAUCUUGGAUUCAUGGCGAUGCUUCCUCUCGUUUCCCAUUGGAUCUGCAUUGAAUGGUACUCAAAGGAUGGUCCUUCCAGAGGUGUGUUUGUCCAGCAAAUCUCUGCAUUACUUGAAUGCAGUAUAGCAGCUGUGGUCACAUUACUUGUGAGUGACCCCGCCGGCACCCUUUCCAUCCACGCAUGCCGGGUGCUGAUGCUUUCAGAUUGGUACACGAUGCUCUACAAGCCAAGUCCAGAUUAUAUCACCACCCUGCACUGCACUCAGGAAGCCGUGUACCCACUGUACACCAUCGUGUUUGUUUAUUACGCGUUCUGCUUAGGAUUCAUGAUGGCGCUCCGCCCCCUACUGGUGAAGACGAUUCAGUGGCGCCUACGCAUGCCGAGCCAGUUGGGAAGCAUUUACACCGCCCUCUACUUCUUCCCGGUUUUGACCGUGCUGCAAGCAAUUGCAGGAGGCCUCUUAUAUUAUACUUUCCCAUAUAUUGUAUUGGUGGCAUCUUUGGCUAAUCUGGUUGUGUACCUGGUUUUUGCCAAAAUAGAGAGCUACAGCGAUUUAAUAAGAAAGGACGGACUGCUUGUCCUCCUCAGCCACUGGUUUCUUCACGCCUAUGGCGUAAUCGCUCUCUCCAGAGGGAAGCAACUUAAGCAAAAUCUGAUCCUUUUAAUUUUUGUACCUGUCCCAGCUCUUUUUUACUUGCUAACUACCAAAUUUACCAAACCAUCACGGAUAAUCUCAGAAGGAGCCAAAGGACAUUGA